AUCUGGAUCCUUGCAGCAUCGUUCUCAUCGCCAAAGUCGCCGAUGCUAUAAAACUGCUUACCAGACUCUACUCUCUGGAGCGAACAAUCUCUUGUAUGCCGGCGUAUCUGUGAAUUUAUGCAUUCACAGACAAUGCUGUCGACCUGCAACGCCAUUCUUGGCACCUCCAAUCUUGCCCUCCUGAACUCUCCCCAUUUUCUCCAUCCCAUCAAUCUGACAUUCAAUCGACGCCGGAAUGCCGUCGUUCUCGGUGAAUCUCUACGUCCUAGUCCGGUUAUGGCCGUGUCAGUUCAGGAGCCCAAGAUUAGUGAGCCGGCAGCCUCUGAGGCUAGCCUUGCUAGUCGGCUCCGGCAUGGUAGCCUUGCGGCAGACAGGUCGUCGUUCAAGGAGAAGUAUAUCAUUCGAUGCUCUGAGGUCGGGGUCAACAAAACUGCCACCAUUGAAUCCAUCGCCAAUCUCUUGCAGGAGGUUUCAUGCAACCAUGCUCAGAGUGCAGGAUUUUCAACAGAUGGAUUCGCGACAACUGACACCAUGAGGAAGUUGCGUCUUAUAUGGGUUGCUGCACGAAUGCACAUUGAGAUUUUUAAGUACCCUGCCUGGAGUGAUGUCAUAGAGAUAGAGACUUGGAUUGCCAGUGAGGGAAGAAUUGGGACUCGGCGUGAUUGGCAAAUUAAGGACUGUGCAAACGGCGAAGUAAUUGGAAGAUGCACCAGCAUGUGGUUGAUGAUGAACCAAGACACUAGACGGCUUCAGAAAGUUGUUGAUGAUGUUCGUAAUGAGUUGCUACCUUUUUGCCCCAACCCACCAAGGUUUUCUUUCCAUGAGAAGAACAAUUCCAGCUCAAAGAAAAUACUUAAGGUGGAAGAUCCUGCCGAGUAUUCUGUUUUACGGCUAGUGCCAAGAAGAAGUGAUUUGGACAUGAACCACCAUGUUAACUUCGUCACCUACAUUGGAUGGGUACUAGAGAGUAUGCCUCAAGAAAUCAUUGACACAUAUGAGCUGCAAACCAUCACGCUGGAUUAUAAAAGAGAAUGCCAGCACGAUGAUGUGGUUGAUUCUCUCACAAGCCUUGAACCAUUUGAUGAGCCUGCAUCCAUUAACAGUGAUCGGAAGUGCUUCGUGCAUUUGCUUAGACUAUCCAGUGGUGGAGUUGAGAUAACUAGGGGCCGUACUGAGUGGAGAAAAAAGUGAUGAGCCCUAUUUUCAGCUAAAAUAUAGCAUCAGAUAACUUAGAUUUUUUUCUUUUUUGUUUAUAGUUUUCUGAAACAAAGUUUGAACCCGUUUUCAUUAAAAGGUUAGUUUAAAUUAUAUGACUUGUAAUGGUUUGAUAAUUUGAGCCUUUGAGGCGUUAAGUGUGUUGUAGGAGAGUACAUUACAUUUUAUUCUAACUGAACGAAUAAAUUUUGGGUAAUUAGUUUCAACUAUUUUACCAU